GACCCAGCCCAGCUCAGCACAGCCAAGCCCAGCCCAGCUCCCAACAGCCCAGCCGGGCGGAGCGGGCAGCGGCUGCGGCAGCGAGCGCUGGCUCUGCCAGCCGAGCCUGGCACACCGCGGCUGCACUCCGGGCUGCCGACCAGACCGGAAUACAGGGAAGGAAGGCACCCGCCCGCUGCUGCGCCAUUAUCGGUGGGGACUACGCGAGAGAUCGGCGAGAAGGAGAUCGGACACCGCCGCCGCCGCCGGAGGAGGGCCAUGGCGAUGGCAAGGCAAGUGCUUUGUGUGUGUGCUUUGCUCUCCCUGGCGCUCGCUCGCUCGCAGCCCAUCCGCUACUCCGUGGCCGAGGAGGCGGACAGCGGCUCCCUCGUAGGCAACCUGGCGCAGGACGCGGCGCUGCCGCCGGCGCAGCUCUCGGCUCGCCGCGCCCGCCUGCUGGCCGAGGACGGCCGGCAGCACUUUCGCCUCGACCGCGCCAGCGGCCGCCUCGUCGUGGCCGACAGGCUCGACCGGGAGCAGCUGUGCGCCCAGGCCGACACCUGCACGCUCGCCUUCGAGCUGCUGCUGGCCGACCCGCUGCAGUUCUUUCGGGUCGAGGUGGCCCUGCACGACAUCAAUGACCACUCGCCCGUUUUCCCUGCGGAACGAGUCACUUUUAAGAUUCCCGAAACGAGCGACCUGGGCUCUCGUUUCCCACUGGAGGCUGCUCGGGACCUUGAUAUUGGUAGCAACAGCGUCCAGGCAUACAGCAUCUCACCCGAGAAUGAGUAUUUUACUGUCUCCUUUGGAAGUCGGAGUAAUGGCGACAGAUAUAUUGAACUUGUUUUGGAAAAGCCACUAGACAGAGAGGAGCAGGGAGAGAUGGAUUUCAGUCUCAUUGCUGUGGAUGGGGGCUCUCCACCCAGGACUGGGACCACCCAAAUUCACAUUACAGUUCUGGAUGCCAAUGACAACGCUCCUGUCUUCACACAGGAUCGUUACACUGUGCAGGUUUUGGAAAAUGCACCAGAGGGCUCUGUGGUUCUGACUGUGCUGGCAACAGAUCGGGAUGCGGGAGUUAAUGGGGACAUCUCCUAUCAGUUCAGCGAAGCAGUCAGCCAGAGUGACUUAGCAUUUGAGAUUGAUCACAUAACGGGAGAAAUUAAACUCACAAAGCCUCUGGAUUUUGAGUCAGGAGGGACUCAUGAGCUCAGUGUGAGGGCCACAGAUGGAGGGGGCCUUUCCGCAAUCUGCAAGGUGUUGGUGGAGGUGUUGGAUGUGAAUGACAAUGCCCCGGAGCUGGUGGUCAGUUCCUUCAGCAGUCCCCUCCCCGAGAACUCAGCGCCCGGCACGGUCGUUGCCCUCUUCAGUGUCAGGGACCGCGAUGCCGGGGCCAACGGCAAGGUCUCCUGUGCCCUCGACGAUCAACUCGUCUUCUCCCUGCGCCCAGCCUACAAGAAUUACUAUGAGCUGGUGACGGUGAGUGCCCUGGACCGCGAGGAGACGGCUGAGUACAUGGUGACGGUGACAGCAGCAGACGCGGGCUCCCCUCCUCUGACGAGCAGCCACACCUUCAGCGUGGCCAUCUCGGACGUCAAUGACAACGCGCCUGUCUUCAACCAGAGCUCGUACACCAUGUAUGUGCGUGAGAACAAUGUGCCCAGCGUGCUGGUUGGAGCCGUGAGUGCCGCAGAUGCCGACGUGGGGCUCAACGCCAAGGUGACCUAUUCGCUGUCAGCGGGGCAAGCGGCGGAGCGGCCUUGGUGCUCGUGCCUGUCGGUGAACUCGGAGAGCGGGCAGGUGUUUGUGCUGCGAGCGCUGGACUACGAGCAGCUGAGGCAGAGCGAGGUGGUGGUGAGCGCCUCUGACGCGGGCUCUCCUCCGCUGCGAGCCAACGUCACCGUCCGCCUGCUGGUGCUGGACGAGAACGACAACGCCCCGCUCGUGCUGUACCCGGCGCCCGACAGCGGCCCGGCCUCCAGCGAGCUGGUGCCCGUGUCGGCUGAGGUGGGCUACCUCGUCUCCAAAGUGGUGGCCGUCGACGCCGACUCGGGGCAGAACUCGUGGCUCUCCUACCACCUGCUCAGGGCCACCGACCCCGGGCUCUUUGCCGUGGCUGCCCAAAGCGGCGAGGUGAGGCUCAGGAGGCCCGUGACAGACAGAGACAGCGUCAAGCACAAGCUCGUCGUCCUGGUGCGAGACAACGGCCGCCCACCCCUCUCAGCCACCGCCGCUCUCAGCGCACUCCUGCUCAAGGACUUCUCCGACCUGCACCAACCGCACGGCAGCCCCGCCACCGACGACCAGCCCGGCUCCCUCACCACCUACUUAAUCCUUGCCUUGGUCUUCGUCUCCCUGCUCUUCCUCGCCUCCACAGCAGCCUUCGUGGCUCGCAGGCUGUGCAAGAGAAAGGAGCUGAAGGCUGCCCACGUGCUUGACGGGGCCGACAACUUGCCGAGCGGCCUGGCCGAGGCAGCUGCUGCAGGGACCCUGCCCCACCCCUACUGCUACGAGAUCAGCCUCACCACGGGCUCGGGCAACAGCGAGUUCAAGUUCCUCAAGCCCUUCGUCCCCGGCCUGACACCACAGCCCUGGGCCAUGGCUGGGGGCCCCAGUGAGGAACAGGUUUUCCCUUGUGUCCCUGUCCCCACAGAGGACGUGACACCGGAUGAUGCUGGAACUGUCUCUGCAGAACAGUUCAACUGUUUUUCCUUUAACUAGCACGGGGUCAGCACAGGCAAAUGCUUCAUGCCUCGUGAUAGGAAGCGGUGCAGGCUGCAGCCUGUGGGAAUGGUUCUUCCAAGAUAAAUCUGUAUUUGCAAUUGGCAUAACCAAUUUCCAGAAACUGUAAAUCAGGAAAUACUUGUGUUUCACUAAAAACCAAGAAGCAAACAGAAUAAAGGGUCCUAAAGCUCUUUAACUCAGACAGUUGUAGGUUUCCGAACUGAUUCAGCCAUUUCUGACAGGCUUUAAGAAUGGGGUUAGCACUCCCAGCUAAGCUCUUGUCUCUCUUGCUGUCAGAUAAGACUGUAGACUCUUCUGUAACACAAUGGCACAGUUGGGCACACAAAUCUCAUCCUCUCUGUAAUGUACAAAAGCCUUUUCCCAGCUCAGGAAAGUUGUGAGUGCAGUGUCACAAUGUCGUGUGAGCACAGGGCUCUUCCUUUCCUGGGUUCUGAAUGUCUCUGUCUGAGAUACCAACCUGUGGGAAUGGUUCCUCCAGAGGAAAUCUGUAUUUGCAAUUGGCAUAACCAAAUUCCGGAAAAUUGUAAGUCAGGGAAUGCUUGUGUUCCACUAAAAACCAAGAAACAAACAGAAUAAAGGGAACCAAAGCUCUUUCACUCAGACAGUUGUAGGUUUCAGUCCUGAUUCAACCAUUUCUGACAGACUUUAAGAAUGGGGUUAGCAGUCCCAGCUAAGCUCUUGUCUCUCUUGCUGUCAGUGUCAUAUUGUCGUGUGAGCCCAGGGCUCUUCCUUUCCUGGGUUCUGAAUGUCUCUGUCUGAGGUACCAGCCUGUGGGAAUGGUUUCUGCAGAGUAAAUCUGUAUUUGCAAUUGGCAUAACCGAAUUCUGGAAAAUUUUAGGUCAGGGAAUGCUUCUGUUCCACUAAAGACCAACAAGCAAACAGAAUAAAGGGAACAAAAUCUCUUUCACUCAGACAUUCAUAUGUUUCAAGUCUGUUAAGGUCAUUCCUGACAGGCUUUAAGAAUGGGGUUACCAGUCCCAGCUAAGCUUUUGUCUCUCCUGCUGUCAGACAAGACAGUGGACCUUUAAUUCUGUUCUAUAACAGGAUGGCACAAACAAUGGGACAGACAAACCUCAUCCUUGCUGAAAUUCACAAUGACCUUUCCCAGCUCAGGAAAGUAAGGAAGUUGUCAGUGCAGUGUCACAAGGACAUGUGAGCGCCAAGCUCUUUCUUUCCUGGGUUCUGGAUGUUUCUGUUUUAUAUAUAUGGGCUUUGUGGGCUUUGAUUUCUUGUCUCUACGUCAGUCAAUACAGCCACUGUGUGUUUCCUAAUAUUCACUGGUGUUGCCCGGUGAAUCAGGGAAUUCUUCUCACUCAGUCGUUGCAAAGCAGGCAAUUCCAGCUCAGCAGGCAAGGAGGGUAUUUUAACCCUUUGAGUACAGAGGUGUCACUCAUCUUUUAUGUGUCAGAGAAGAGCAGCGAAAUGCACAAUAAGAUCUAUAUUUUGGCCGAUAAGAGGGGAUUGGCUGUUGUGUCUGCUUGCAAUAUAUCGGCACAAACGGUGUUGGGGUAGACUGUAACUGUACAGAGAUGUGAAAACCUGUUCAUUGUUUUUGGGUGCAUUGCAUGAAUAGUCCACGUGUCCCUCAAAGAGCAUUUUCUGAAUCAAGAUGAGCUUGUGAAAAAGACUUUUGAGUUUGGUCUUCUCAUUGUUGUUCCUGAAUUCAGCAAAAUUGAACUGGGAAGCUGUCCCAGCAUAACUUUCUGGGUUUCUGUUAGAGGAUUUGUGUUCUCUUUUAGGCCCUUUUUCCUUCUACUCUCUGAACUGGGCUUGACCAUUUUUCUGCCUCCUCCUUUUAAGAAGGACUGUCACUCUAUCUAUAGUAACUGAUACCUUUAAUAAUGUAUGUGAUGCACAGAAUAUCCAGAAAGCCUCACAUUGUCUGUGUUGUGAUGAAGUUUUAAACUGUAACAUUCUAAACUGGGAUACCCCUGAGUGUAAAAACUGAAAUAAUGUGUAAGAGCUAAAUAAAGAGAGUACUUUAA